AAUAAGAGAGUUCGCGUUACAGUUUGUCAGCAGAAAACUCAAAACUAGCAAAUUACACCAUAAUAAUCUGGUGUGCUUUUUAAAAAAAUAUAUUUUUUAUUUAUCAUACAUGGAGAGUUAGCUAAAGUGUUAGCUUAGCAGGAUAAUUAGGAGGUUUGCACUAGGGGACCUAAAGAGGAGUUGAGCUGAGCAUCGAUCAGAGAUAAAACGAGAUGUCAGGAAGAGGUCGAGGUCGGAGUCUCUUCACCUUUAAUGUGGAUUCUCUGGGUUUCGGCAGAGGAGAAGCUUUACCCAGCAGCGUUCAGGCACCUUCAGCGCUCUACCCUCCCAUGCAGUUCAGACCGGUUCCUCUGCAGACAGGAGAGGAGGUGGACUACAUGCUCGCUCUUAAACAGGAACUCCGAGCCUCCAGCAAGAACCUGCCUUUCCACAUCCAACCAUCUGCACCUAAGAAAGACGUGAGCCGUUACUCUGAUAAAUACCAGACUGGAGAGGCGAAGCACAAUGAAUGGACUCCAGACUGGAGUCGACUCCCUAAAGAGCUCUGCAUCAAAGUUCAGAAGUCGCGCAAAGCCAAGUCCAAACCUUUAAUGAAGAGCAAAAUUAAACCUGCUGCUGCCAAAGAACUCAUACAGAAACUGGAGAACCUGGAAAAGAAAGAGGAGGUGAAUGGGUCAGAGGAGGAGGAGGAGGACGAGGAGAAGAAGAAAAAGACCGGAGAGGAAGAAGAAGAGCCUGACAAUGCAGAGGAGUACGAUGAAGAACAUUUUGAAGAGGAGACGGACUACAUCAUGUCCUACUUUGACAACGGCGAGGAUUUUGGAAGCGACAACGAUGACAACAUGGACGAAGCCACAUACUGAAAAAAUGUAGACAAAGUUUAGAUGAUUUCUCACAUGCUGGAUUUUCUUUUAGACUAGAGAGUGUGUGUGUGCGUGUGUGCGUGUGUGUGUGUGUGUGUGUGUCUGCUUAAAGGAAACUGAUUAAACAAGAUGUAGUUCAUUCUUGUUCAUCAGAGCUGAGUUUAAGUGGCAUAAACCCCCAGUUUUAACUCACGUAUAUUUUAUCUUAUUUUUAGGAAAUCGCUGCUGUUUACAUUCUUUAGCAGCUUUGUCCGAUAUUUUUGCUGCUUUAAAAAAGAUAUUCCAGAUGCAUCUUGGACAUUCUUAUAUUUUCUUUUCUUUGUCUGUCAUAAUGUCUCUGACUGUGUUUGAUACAAUAAGCUGUGAAAUCCUAUGUUAAACACUGGAGUGUAAAGGAAGAAAUAAUGACACUAGUAGGCGUGACAUGACAAUCGUAAACAGUGUGUAUC